CCACUACUAAAAUAACCAAGAAACACCCAUAAGACACAAACGGAUAGACCCCUCCCCUCUCCUUCUUUCUCUCUCACACUCACAUACAGAAUCAAGUUCAAGAGCUUAUCGGCUACAGCUGAUGAGUUUGUUUCCGUUUUCUUGAAAAAUGGAGAGUCUCUCUCUCACCACCACAACCACUACCACCGAUGCUUCGAAAUUUAGAUUUCUGAUCCCUUGUUAUAAAAAUCCCAGAAUUUACAGAAAUCUUCCUUUUCAUCACAAACGACAUAGAAGAUUUGCACUUUGUGCUGCUAAGGAUGAAGAUAAAUUCGACAGUUGGGACCAAAUGGAGCUUAAGUUUGGGAAAAUGAUCGGUGAAGACCCUAAACUUACCCUUGCCAAGAUAAUCGCUAGAAAAUCACACCCAGAAUUAUCUUUCUUGGAUAUUGAGAAAUUAUACAAUAAGAAAGGUCUUAAAGCCUUUAAUGACAUAGAGGAGGUCCCAUUUGAUGUAUCUGAUAUUCGAAGAAAGCCCAACGAUUCACUUGAUGGGCCAAAGUUAACCCGACCCGUGCCCAAGGAUCCACCCGAUGGACUAAACUUGACCCGACCCGUAUCUGCUCCCAAGAAUUCACUCGAUGGACUAAAUUUGACCCGACCCGUACCCAAGAAAGGAGUCAAAUUUGAAUCAAAUGAUAAGCCUGUAUCUGUAGUACCCAAAGUAAAGAAACCAAACCAAAUGUUAGAAAAAGUUAGACCAAAUUUCUCAUUUAAGAUGAGUAAAGAACAGGAGAAAGAAAGGUUGACUGAUUUGACAAUGGUGAGGAAACCUGAACCCUUUCUGCAAAAAGAAGAAACAGAAGCUAUGGAAGAUGAUACAGAGAGUUUAAGUGUCAUCCAAACGGAUGUUACACUCUCACAGAAGCCUGAAAUCACAGUGGAUCAAAUUAAGGAUCAGAACGAGAAGCCUGAAAUCACAGUGGAUCAAAUUAAGGAUCAGAAUGAAUCAAAUUCUGAAAUUGAUGACAUCAAGAACAGUUUAGCAAAUGUCGAUUUAGCUUUUGAGAUGGAAAAUGUGCAGAAUAAGAUUGAUCAGGAGAGUGAUGAUGUAACAGCAGCUACUUCGAGCAUGCAAAUGUCUCUGGAUACUGCAUUGAGAGGACCACCUAAAAGAUUAGAUCAAUCUGUAAAAGAUACAUCAAAGAUCGAGAGAGUAGUUACGGGUCCCACGAAUCCAAUACCAUAUGAUAACACUCUCGAGACUGAAAACUUGCCUACAACACCAUUCUUAAAGGAGCGUGAAGAUAACGAUUGGAAAAGAGCUGAAAAUUUGAUCAAGACAGAAGGAAGAGAAGAAGUGGAACUCAUAAACUCUAGCACUCGGGGUUUUGUUGCAUCUUUCGGAUCUCUAAUAGGGUUUUUGCCUUACCGAAAUCUUGCGACUAAGUGGAAGUAUUUAGCUUUUGAAUCAUGGUUGAGGAAGAAAGGAUUGGAUCCUGCAAUGUUCAGGAAAAAUCUGGGUGUUAUUGGAGGAUAUGAUGCGACAAACAACGCAUUACCAAUAUCAACCAUAGAUCCUAAAAAGAUGGAGGGUGAAAUAUCACCUGAUAUGAAACUUGAGGACCUUCUUGCAAUUUAUGACCAAGAAAAACUCAAAUACUUGUCUUCGUUUGUUGGUCAGAAAGUCAAAGUCAACGUGGUCUUGGCUGAUAGAGGAUCGAACAAGCUAAUAUUUUCUGCAAAACCGAAAGAGAAAGAUGAAUCGGUUGAAAGAAAGCGAAGUCUCAUGGCUAAGCUUAGCGUUGGAGACAUUGUAAAGUGUUGCAUAAAAAAGAUUACUUACUAUGGGAUUUUCGUUGAGGUGGAUGGAGUACCUGCAUUGAUUCACCAGACUGAAGUGUCAUGGGAUGAUACUUUGGACCCGAUUUCCUAUUUUAAAAUUGGACAGGUCAUUGAAGCAAAGGUUCAUCAGUUAGAUUUUUCACUCGAACGUAUAUUCUUAUCGUUGAAGGACAUUACGCCAGAUCCAUUGAUCGAGGCUUUGGAGGCUGUUGUUGGUGAUCAAGCAAACUUGGAUGGACAAUUAGAAGCAGCCCAAUCCGAUGAAGAGUGGCCCGAAGUUGAAUCGCUUGUAAAAGAACUGCAGCAAUACAAAGGCAUUGAGAAUGUGAAAAAAGGCCGGUUUUUUGUGGGCCCCGGUUUGGCCCCAACUUUUCAGGUUUAUAUGGCGUCUGUGCUUGAAAACGAGUAUAAAUUGCUUGCAAGAGCUGGAAACAAAGUACAAGAGGUGAUUGUUGAGACAUCGAUGGGAAAAGAAGAGAUGAAAUCUGCGAUUCUAAUAUGUGCGAGUAGAGUUGAAUGAUGGGUUUUUUUGUAUAGUUUUGUUUUAUGAUUUAUUUUAUGUUGAAUUGAAGCCAUUGAAUGUGUUGAUAUCGUUUAUUAAGGUCAAGUGUAGUAUUUGUUCUUAUUGGUGUUAAUUAUGGCAUGUAUGAGCAUUA